AUUUCAAUCCAUUGACGAUUAAUUAGAACACCACAUGGUGUGUAUGUACGUGUACGUGUAGAGGCUACUGUACUACAAGAUGAAGGGAACUGCUUUAUAUGUACUGUCUCUAGCUCUGGCACUGACUGGAGUUAGCGGGAGCAAUGGAGAGAGCCUCGUCUUGUCCAGUGUAUCACGUGAGCUGGAUCUGACCACCCCUCUCGUGCAGCAGAAGGUGACAAUGGUGCUGGAGAACACUGGAUCCACUGCAGUCUCUCAAUUUAAAUUUACUGUCGAUCCGUCACUCGCCAGCAAAACCUCUUUUAUCGGAGCAAAACUCGAAGAACCGGAAAUGGAUUUGGUCAUUUCGCCCAAUAAAAUUGCCAACACAUACACCGUCAACAUGCCUUCCCUCGCGGCUAAAAAGUCUGUUACUGUUGUCAUAGAAACGGUCUUCGUCAAUGCUAUCAAACCUUUCCCGGAGUCGAUUACUCAAAACGAAAAACAGUUGGUCCAAUUCAGUGGAAAUGUCUACUUUUAUUCUCCUUAUCCCUCCACGACACAGAGCACGAUUGUGAAAGUUCCAAACGAUAAGAUUGAGUCUUUCUCUAAACUAUCCCCAACAAGCAGCUCUGAUGGUGAGAUCACGUAUGGACCUUAUAGCGACGUGGCCCCGAACUCUGUUGGAAAACUGUCUGUUCAUUUUGAGAAUAACGGCCCUUUCUUGGCCGUGGUUGAGUUGUUGCGUGUAAUCGAGGUGUCUCAUUGGGGCAAUGUCGCCGUUGAGGAGCAUGUUCACAUACGCCAUAUUGGAGCCACUCUGAAAGGAUCUUUCAGUCGCUAUGAUUUCCAACGCAACCCCAACAGUGGGCCCUCGGCAGUCAAGUCCUUUAUCUCAAUGCUACCAGCCGCUGCUCGUGAUGCUUAUUAUCGUGAUGAGAUCGGGAACAUAUCGACCUCUAACCUUCGGGAGGAGGACGAAUACGUAUCACUGGAGAUGAGGCCGAGGUUCCCUCUAUUUGGAGGCUGGCAGACGCGCUAUUACAUGGGCUACAAUCUCCCAUCGUACGAAUAUCUGUAUCACUCUGGCAACCAGUACAUGCUCAAGAUGAGGUAUCUGGAUCACGUCUUCAAUGAUCAAUUUGUGGAGAGUGUGACUGUCAAGAUUAUCCUGCCAGAGGGAGCAAGAGAUGUCAACCUUGCCAUGCCUUAUGCUGUCAAUGAGCAACCUAGACAACUCCACUACACAUACCUGGAUACCGUUGGUCGCCCGGUUGUCAUAGCAACUAGUACGAACCUAGUAGAGCAGCACAUCCAGGACUUUCAACUGACGUACACAUUUGACAAGAUCAUGCUCUUACAGGAGCCCCUACUGCUAGUGGGAGCUCUCUACCUGUUCUUCCUGUUGGUGGUGGUCAUUGUGAGACUUGACUUCUCCAUCACCAAGAAUGCUGCAAUGCUGGCUAAGCAACAAGCCUCUGUGAUCAUAGAGGCCAUCUUAUCAGCUCAUGCUCAUCGUGCCUCUCUCCUACCCUCUUACGAGACGGCCAUCACCAGCCUCAAGACCAGCGAGGAUACCAAGACAUUCAAGAAGAGCAAGAAGGACCUCGACACUGCCUUUGUUGGUGAUACAGAGAAGAUAUCGGCCCGAGUCAAGGACCUGCAAGCUACAGACCCUGAGGCAGGGGCAAAGGUGAAUGAUCUUCAGCGCAAGGUUGGUGAGCUGAAGAGUGCCCUGGACGAGAGCUGUGUGCUAGCUGAGAGCUUGGUAAGCAAACGUGUGGGCAAGGAGAAAUACAUCACUCAAGACAAGUCCUGUCAGACACGAAUCAGUCGUAUCACGGGAGAAAUUAAAACCAUCGUUCUGGGAUUGGAUUAGAAAUUAUAUAUUAGGGACAUUGAUAUAAACUGAUUUAUUAGGCUUAUAAUUAUUGUUUUGAGAGCUUUUCUCAAAUGAUGCAUUUCAUGUGUACAUGAUUAAUAGUAUAUACAUGACUUAUGAAUUAGUAGAGGAUGUUAUUUGACCUUUUUGUCUCA